UCUUACAAUAACAAACAUCUGUACCCUCCUUCUCUGUCUCACGCCUGCAGACAGAUGGCAGACAAAAGUCAUCCCUUUGAGCAGAGAGACCAGAGGUUUGAAAGAGCUCAUAGGUAAUUUAAAAAUUUUUAUUAGGUCAGCAUAAACUGCAGAAAAGUAAGAUAAAAGACAUAACGAGGAAUACCUCAGCUUUAGAAAACAAAAAAGCAAAGAUGGGAAACAGGACUGUUGGAAAAUGCUGUGCUGCAUAUCCCUGUCUUUUCUUCGGACUUCUGUAUUUGUAUUGGUAUGAGGGAGUCAUUGGACAAAGCUUGCAGGAGCAGAAUAUCAUGUGCAAUGCUGAGGCAUGCUAUUCUAUUCAUCUCCAGCGCAAUAACUUCUUGGAUUCCUGGAGGAGCUGCAAGUAUAAAGGGGGGAACCUGGCUACCAUUAAAGGACCAGAAGAAGCUUCCAUGAUCCAUGACCUCUUAUCGUCAGGGAUCAGAAGUCACUCCCAGCCCAAAAUCAGGUUGUGGAUUGGCCUUCAGCGACAGCCUAGGAAGUGCUCAGUCAAGAGCCCUUUGAGAGGCUUCACCUGGAUCACUGGGGAUCAAGAAACACAGUAUACGAACUGGCAACAUGAUGACUUAGCCAAUGGUUGUGCUGCUCAUCGUUGUGUGUUCAUUACCUACAACACACCUAAAAAAAGGGGCAACAAUAACAACUUCAAAUGGGUCCAUCGAUCUUGCGUAGUGGCCGUGGAAGGUUUCCUGUGCCGCUACACCUACCAUGGGAUGUGCCCAGCUCUUCAGAAAGAAGGAGGGGGCCCUGCAGUCUACACCACCCCAUUUAAACUGACGAGUACUGUUCUUACUCACAUCCCUAUUGGUUCUGUGGCAACUCUUCCUUGUCCCGAUGGUGACAAGGAAGACCAGUCAGUGAUGUGUAUGAUGAGAGAGGACGGAAGUGUUGGAUGGUCAAAAGAUGCACCGCUCUGCACUGACACUCCGAUAGACUGGUGCAAACAGGACAAUGGUGGCUGUGAGCACUACUGUGUGAACUCAGAUACCCAUUACUACUGUGAAUGCUUUGAGAAUUAUGUUCUGAAAGAAGAUGGAAAAACCUGCAAGCUCUUGGAUCCCUGCUACAGUGCCAACUGCGAGUUUGAGUGUGAGUCCACUCCUCAGGGACAUCGCUGCAAGUGCCCAGAGGGGUACCUCCUGUCUGCUGACAAUCAGAGUUGUCUUGAUAUAGAUGAGUGCUUGCUAAAACCAUGCCAGCAGGAAUGCGUCAAUGCACCUGGUACAUUCGAGUGUAGAUGCAAUGAGGGCUUCCUUCCGUCUGAGUUCGGAGAAUGUGUGGAUGUGGAUGAGUGCUUGCUAAAACCAUGCCAGCAGGAAUGCGUCAAUGCACCUGGUACAUUCGAGUGUAGAUGCAAUGAGGGCUUCCUUCUGUCUGAGUUCGGAGAAUGUGUGGAUGUGGAUGAGUGCUUGCAAAAACCAUGCCAGCACGAAUGCGUCAAUGCACCUGGUACAUUCGAGUGUAGAUGCAAUGAGGGCUUCCUUCCGUCUGAGUUCGGAGAAUGUGUGGAUGUGGAUGAAUGCAUGGAAGAAAAAUGCGUUCAUAUUUGUGAGAACUUGCCUGGUUCCUACACGUGCCAUUGUCCUGACGGAUUCUCUCCACUUAAAGAAGAUCCAGAGAAAUGUGAAGAUAUCGAUGAGUGUAAAAGAGAAAUUUGCGAGCAGGUGUGCAGAAAUUAUAAUGGUGGAUUUGAGUGUCUUUGUAAGGAGGGUUAUAUGCUGCAAGAGGACAAAUACUUAUGUCGGCAAGUCAAUGAGAAUAAAUCACUAACAGAUUCCCCAACAGUAGAAUGGCAUCCAACUUACCUGAGCUGGUCGACAGAGAAGACAGAGGAAAGAGAUGUGACCACCCAAACUUCAAACUCACCUUCAUCAAACUUUUUGAUGUAUACAACAACUUCAGCUCAUACACAUCAAGGGGAUGCACCUAAGAAGGAAAUAUCAAUAGCAACUGGUGAUAAAGUGGAUGUAAGGUCUUUAGGAAACAAAAGACUCUCAGAGGCUUCAGAUUCUGUCACGCUCACUCCUCCAACAUCACAAAUAUCAGAAUAUACACUGGCAUCAAAAACAAUACAGCCUCCCGAUGACAGGAAGAAACAUGACAAAAGCUGGCUGAUUGUGGCACUGCUGGUAAUACUAUGUGUUUUUGCAGUGGUCAUAUUAGCGUUAGGCAUUGUUUAUUGCACAAGUUGGGCUGUAGAGAGAAGGAGCAAAAGCGUCACAGACUGUCACCGCUGGACCACCACCUCCAAGCCUAAAAAAUCGAUCACAGCAAAAUCUCGAGCUUGAGUAAUGUACAGUUAACAUGACUUUAAAAAAAAAACAGACUUCCUCAAGCUGUUUUGAUGUGAUCAUACUGAUGUCACUUUGGUAUUCUAGGAUCCUGUGGUACAUAAUGGCAAAAUAGUCACUAUGUGCACAAUUUAACAUUCAAAUAUUCUUUUCAGACAAUGGAGAGAAUAUCAAAAAUUAUUGUCCAGUUGAAGUAGAGCAGUGACCACCAGUGUAAAGUGGAACAAUACAAACACAAUUUAGCAUGCAUCCCUUUUUCAAAUAAUACAAUGAAUGAGAAUUUAAAAAAGCAGCUAUAAACAGCUUACAUUUAUUUGUUUAAAUUUAAACUUAUUUUUAUAAGACAUUUACAUAUGAAAUAACAUCUAUACCACUAUUAUUACUAUACUAUAAAUGUUAAUACAUUUGAAACUUACAGUUUGGAUCCGUGAAUAAAUUAAA